GUUCAGGGGACACAAUUGCAAUGCGCACACACUUCCUGAUGGAGCUGCUCCUGCGAAGAAUAAAAAUACACUCCUAGCAAGCCAGCUAGACGAGUUGUGAAAAAGUUAUGUCUGGCUGUCAAGUGGAUAGAGAAAGACUAUUUUUAAAAAUGGACGUUAUUCCUCGGUUUUCCGUACAUGAAUAGUAGAAAAUACCCCCAUGUCCAGAGAGCCGGCACUGGUGACAAGUCAACUGCGAAGGGUUGGAUUGUUGAAGCUAAUAAGCCCCGUAAGUUACUAGCUGACGUUAGCUAGUAAUGUCUCUAACGUUACCAUCCGCCGAUAUACUUGAAACACCUCCUGGAUAUCCGUUUGAAGAAAUCAACUAUGAGGAUAUUGAAGUUGAGGAGGUGGUGGGGAGAGGAGCUUUUGGGGUUGUUUGCAAAGCCAAAUGGAAAGGCAAAGAUGUUGCUAUCAAGACCAUUGAGAGUGAAUCAGAGAGGAAAGCCUUUAUUGUUGAGCUCCGGCAGCUUUCACGUGUGAAUCACCCCAACAUUGUGAAGUUGUAUGGCUCUUGCCAUAGUCCAGUUUGCCUUGUGAUGGAAUAUGCUGAAGGCGGGUCAUUGUACAAUGUGCUGCAUGGUGCUGAACCCCUCCCCUAUUACACUGCUUCCCAUGCCGUGAGCUGGUGUUUACAGUGUUCCCAGGGCGUGGCCUAUCUCCAUGGCAUGAAACCAAAGGCUCUCAUUCACAGGGACCUCAAACCACCCAAUUUGCUUCUAGUGGCAGGCGGCACUGUGCUGAAGAUAUGUGACUUUGGAACAGCAUGCGACAUUCAGACCCACAUGACCAACAACAAGGGAAGUGCAGCAUGGAUGGCCCCAGAGGUAUUUGAAGGCAGCAAUUACAGCGAGAAGUGUGAUGUGUUCAGCUGGGGGAUCAUUCUCUGGGAGGUGAUCACUCGCAGGAAGCCCUUUGAUGAAAUUGGAGGACCAGCUUUUCGCAUUAUGUGGGCUGUGCACAAUGGUACAAGACCUCCUUUAAUCAAAAAUUUGCCCAAGCCCAUUGAGAGUCUGAUGACUCGCUGCUGGUCAAAAGACCCCUCCCAGCGGCCUUCCAUGGAGGAGAUAGUGAAGAUCAUGACUCAUCUAAUGAAGUACUUCCCAGGAUCUGAUGAACCCCUGCAAUAUCCAUACCAAUAUUCAGAUGAGGGACAGAGCAACUCUGCAACUAGUACAGGUUCAUAUGUGGACUACACUGGCACCAGCACAAGCAACAAAAGCGAUGCAAACAUGGAGCACAGUAAUUCUCAAGGGAGCAAUGACACUAUAAAGAUAACGUCUCAGUUUGCUCCUCACUUCAAGCCAAAGGGAGACCCAUUGAGGACUCUGCCUCUGUCCAGGGGGGGCAGUGUUGAAAGUCUGCCUUCACGAACACAGUGCCUGGUGUCAUCUGACAGCAAAAGAAUGAGUGCUGACCUGUCGGAGCUGGAGCCCAAGAUGCCAUUUACACCUCUAGCAGGCCCCCAGUAUAAACGAGGCCACCGUAAAACGGCAUCAUUCGGCACCAUUCUGGAUGUCCCCAAGAUCGUCGUCACAGCCACAUGCGAGCCUCAAAGACGUCGGUCUGUGCAGGAUCUGCCAGGCAUCGGCACAGAGUCCAGCCAGGGGAGCAGAAACAGCAGCCGGUCCUCCAGUCCUAGUGUGAGGAUGAUGCCACCAGAUAAGAUGAGCAGCAGAGGUUACUUCUCCCCUGAUGACCCCACAGACACCAACGGCUCAGACAACUCCAUUCCCAUGGCUUAUCUCACCCUGGAUCACCAGCUGCAGCCUCUCGCUCCCUGUCCCAACUCCAAAGAGUCCAUGGCUGUGUUUGAGCAGCACUGCAAGAUGGCCCAAGAAUACCUGAAAGUGCAAACAGAGAUUGCCCUGCUGAUCCAGAGAAAGAAGGAGCUCAUCGCUGAACUGGACCAAGAUGAGAAGGACCAGCAGAACACGUCCCGUCUGGUGCAGGAGCACAAAAAGCUGCUGGAGGAGAACAAAAGUCUGUCCACAUACUACCAGAAGUGCAAAAAACAACUGGAGCUGAUCCGGGUCCAGCAACAGAAGAGACAGGGCACGUCGUGAUGAGACAGAGACAAAUGAACUGUUACCAUCCCCUCCCUGCCCACCCCAUCCUCACCCCAGCACUAUAACACUACCCACUCUCAUGCUCUGCGUGCGCACACACACACACACACACACACACACACACACACACAUUGUUCCUAGUCCAGCUUUGUAAAGAGACCUGCAUUCUACUGUGUCCUGCAUGAUGCAUUGUAGACCCUUACGUCUGUCCAGCAGGAAGAUGACAUCCUCUGUACAUACAUUUGCACAUCCAUCAGUGUAUUCUGUGACCACAGACCAAACAAUCACUGCACCCCAUCCUGAUCACCCCAGACCCUGCUGCUGUGGUCCAGGAUGGACUUUUUCUUCAGCAGCCGUGUGUCCUCUGAGUGUGAUGGCAGGCCAAUGAGUGUGGGUUGUGUGUUUCUAUGUUUGCUCUCAGGGCCUCUGGGCUGCCGUGUGUCCACUCCUCAACGGCUGACAGCCACGCCGUCCUCCAGAAUGUGAAAACCAAGACAAAGGCUUUUCAGCAAGAAGUGUGAAUAAUAUGCAGAAUUUUGAGAGCAAUGAGGAUGGUUGAAACCUGUUUUACAGUGCGCAUGUGGAAUCCCUGUUGUGCAAAACACACACCCCUUAAAUCAACAUAUUUAUCUCUAUCCUAUCCCUUUUCUAAUCGUGAGCAUGAGCCCUUCCACAGACCACCAUACCUGAUUACUUCUUCAAGGUGUUUGAUGUAUUCAGUUCAGAGAAGGAUGUACUUCUUGUCAGGCAACACAGAAAAAGGAAUAGCUCGGGGUUUGUGUACACCUGGAUGCAGCGGUAAUAAUCUGCUCCUCAUGCUCUUAAAAACACAGCUAGCUUCCAGAGCAAAUACAGAGAGCUGUGGAUUCCCUUCUUAUUUUGACUAAAGUAUUGUUUUUGUGUGUAGAUGUUUUUGUCUUUUCUAUUCAGUAGUUCACUUUGUAUGACAGCUCUUGUCAUUUUUGCAUUAGGAUAUAUUUUAUCUGGUCUGAGAAUGCCCUUACAGACAAAAUAGAGGAGCUCAUAGAUCCCUAUAAAGUAUCUAGUUUGUUUUUAGUUCACAUGUUGCCUUAGAAGUUGCCUGCAUUUUAAGUGCUUGUUUUACGUGACGUUUAGUGGGGAUAAAAUCUUAAAAAAAAGAUAUUUUUAAUGUAAUGGACAUUGAAUGAAAUUCUUUCCGGAGGUGUGUGAGAAAGAUAUGUCAGUAAGCUGAUAAUGUAAAUGUUUCCCACCAGCUUUCCAUCCAAACAAUGACAUGUACUCUAAAAGAAGGAUUGGAUGUGAUAUUUUUUUUCUUGGUCUCAUGUCCCUCAAGUAUUUUUGCACAAUCACUUUGUUUUGUCUGGUCAUAUACAAAUUUUAUUUCUCAUUUAAGCAAUUCUGUUUUUAAAAGUGCAAGACUUGACAAGUCUUACUUUUAAAUACUUUUAAAGUUACUUUACAGGAGUGAAUCUUCACUGCUUCUCCUCAUAAGAAUUAAUUUACCACACACAUCACACUGUUUAUUAACUGUUUCCUAAGUUAUUGGGAACUGAGGUACAGUAUAUGACCGUGAGCAAGGCAUUAUGAAAUAAACUGAAUGGUGAAAAGA